AAUCACAGUGGAUUUCAGUGUACAAUUUAUCACGAAAUAAAACAUGUGAACAGUGAAAACGCUCUGGAUGAGGCUACAGGGAGGUCCUAUUUGCCAGAGACACUCAUACAUGUAAAAUAAGGUCAGAGGAUGUCAGCAGCAAAGCUUUAUAUUGAAGCAGGACAGCAGAGCAUGGGUUUGUUCACUGAAGAGAGAAAGGCUCAGCUGUGCUCCAUAAGCUUUCCAAUUCAGCAGCAUGAAAAUCAAGGCACUGAUUCUCUUCAUGUCUGCAAUGAUCUGUCAGUCCACAGCUUUGAGAGCAUCAUUCACUGACAUGGAUAUAUCUGAUUCUGAGCCCGUUCCAGACUCCAAGCAGCACUAUCUCUCAGUGGAGCGGAGGCAGUUUGACGAGCCCAGUUCCUCAGACGACGCAAGCCUUUGUUUUUUCUUCCAAGAAAAAGACGAAUCGACACAUAUUUCCUGCCAACAUCGAUUACCACGCAGUAAAUUCAACUACAACCCGUUUGGGCUGCGCUUUGGGAAGCGAAAUGAAGCGCCAACUGACAGACCCAAACACAAGCACCUGCUGCCAAUGAUGAUUUACCUGAGAAAACAGUCAGAAACUUCUUGAAAAUCACAUUUCUGUCAGUCUUCAUCAGAAUGGAAAACUGUGGGUAAUUAUUUCAGGCACGCCUUGCCUGUUAUUAUGCUUUUUUUUAUUUCCCAGUCAUGGAAUUUUAUGGCGCGCUUGUUUCAGUCCGUAAUUGUAUUUGUGCAAUAAACGUUU